AUGGGUGCGCAAGAUCUUGACAAGCAGUCCAGUAAUAGUGCAGUCGCCGAGAUAUACUAUGAGUCCAACAAGUAUGGCCAUAAAGGCGACCUGAUCGAAUGCAGCAACAAGGGCCCAAUGAACUACAUUGAUGCCAAAAAUGUUCAUGAUGAUGUCGAGCUCUUAGCAGAAAUUGGAUACAAGCAGGAGCUGAAACGGCAUUUCUCUACUCUUCAAAUUUUUGGAAUAGCCUUUUCCAUUAUGGGUCUGCUACCAUCAAUUGCCUCCGUACUGCCUGUUGCACUCCCCGGUGGAUCUGUAAGUAUGGUAUGGGGAUGGUUUAUCUUUGGUGCCUUUAUCUUAGCGGUCGGUGCCGCGAUGGCUGAAUUGGCCUCGGCUAUACCUACCUCAGGAGGGCUGUAUUACUAUACUUACUAUUACGCCCCUCCAAGGCUAAAGGCAUGCCUGAGCUUCUUAAUUGGAAAUGGGAAUUCAUUGGCAUUAAUUGCAGGAUUAUGUUCGAUAGAGUAUGGUCUGGCAGAGCAGAUACUUUCCAUUAUCGCCAUCUCCAGUAAUAGCUAUCUGGUGUCGUCUAGAUGGUUAUUGUACGGUAUAUAUUGCAUGGGAUUGCUCGCAACCGUGCUGCUAGCCUCUAUUGCCACAUUUUCCGUCUCCCUCCUGCAAACUGCAUCCAUAGUUAUGAACCUGGCGCUGGUCGCCCUGUUCAUAAUUGUUCUGCCAGUGGGGGUUGCACAUAAUGGCAGAGGCUUCAACAGCGCGAAGUUUAUGUUCACCAAUUUUGAGAACCAUACAGGAUGGCCAGAUUGGUUUCAGUUUUUCCUUUGCGGGUCUCUUCCUAUAGUCUGGGUCAUAGGUGCGUUUGACAGCACGGUUCACAUGUCAGAGGAGGCCAAAAACGCAACUAGAUCGGUCCCGAUCGGUAUUCUAUCAUCUAUAUCGACUUGUUGGGCUCUAGGGUUUGCCAUUGUGGUGGUCAUAGCAGCGUGCAUGGGGCCGGACAUUGAUGCAAUUCUAAACGGGGAAUUUAAUCACCCGCUAGCACAAAUCCUUUACAAUGCACUGGGGAAAGGAUGGGCCCUCUCUGUCAUGGUAUUCAUCGUAGUAUGUCAAUACCUGAUGGGCGCAUCUAUACUCACCGCGUCUUCAAGACAAAUCUGGGCUUUUGCCAGAGAUGACGGGCUCCCAUUUUCCUCUUGGAUCAAGGUGGUCAACACUAAACUUUCCUCGCCACUAAGAGCCACUUGGGCCUCCGCCUUUGUGGCCCUGGUUAUCGGACUGCUCACCCUUGCGGGACCUACUGCUUCUUCGGCGCUUUUCUCGAUGGCUGUAGCCGCUAACUAUCUCGCCUGGAUGACCCCAAAUCUGCUUCGCAUGCUCUUUGGUAAAGAAAUCUACAGGCCAGGUUCCUUUUACAUGGGCAAAUUCUGGUCUCCAGUGAUCAAUUGGACCGCUAUCCUGUUCCAGGUAUUCAUAAUUCUUGUCAUGAUGUUCCCAAGCGAUACCGCAGGGCUUCGAGCCUCCACAAUGAACUACACAGCUAUUAUCACCGGCUUUGUGUGGAUAGGCUCGAUUUUUUACUUCUUGGCCUAUAAGCAUAGAACAUUCAUAGGUCCUAAGUCAAACUUAGGCCGUUAG